UGAGCCGCACGUGACGUCGCGUUGUUCUCCCCGGCGCGGUCGAUGGGCUUCGUGUUUAAAAUGCCAACUUGAGCUGCUCCUCCUCCGUGCUCGAGGGCUCUUUACGGCCGGCGAUCUGCUCGAGGGUUCUUCAUCCCGGAGGAGAUUGUUGGAGCUGGAGGUUUGGUACUUGGUACUGCCAUGGCGGAGGCGAACGAUGCGUCGGGGCGGCGGGCGGCGUGCGAGUAUUGCGGCGAGGCGGUGGCCGUGCUUUUCUGCCGAGCGGACUCAGCGAGGCUCUGCGUGUCGUGCGAUCGCUUGGUGCACGUCGCGAACGCCCUGUCGCAGAAGCACUUGCGCUCUCCGAUCUGCGACAACUGCGGGGCGAUGCCCGCCGGCGCGUGGUGCGCCGCUGAGGGAAUCGCCCUCUGCGCGGACUGCGAUUGGGAGUCCCGCGAAGGAGGAGGGGAUGGAGGGGGCGUAGCGAACCAUCGUCACCCGGUGGUCCAGAUCGAGGGGUUUUCCGGAUGCCCCUCCGCCCUCGAGCUCGCCGCCUUGUGGGGGUUCGAUCUCGCCGCCAAGCAUCCGGUUUAUUCCCCUCCCCGACCUCUAAACCAGAAUCCGGAUCAGUUUCUCUUCGAUUGGUCGUCUUUGGAUCCAGUUCCAGCAACCGAUCUGGAGUUCAAGGACCUCUACGUGCCGCGUGCCCCCAAAUUCCAGGGCGUUGGGGUUAAGCGGCAGAGGAACUCCCACAAUAUGCAUCAGCUGUGCCAGCAGCUGAUGGAGAUUGCGAGGACCGACCUGGCUGCGGUGGCGGUGGGUGGUCUCAGCCCGAGCACGCCGUGUCGGACUGCUGCAAGCAGCUUCGAGGAUCACCGCGAGUCGCAGCCAAUGCCAUUCACCUCCCUGCUCAUGCUUGCACCGUCAGAGCUUAAGGGGAAAGAUCUGCUGUGGGACAGCGGACCACCGGACCAUCCCGUUCAGAUAUGGGAUUUUAACCUCGGAAGGUCAAGAGACCGGAAGGAAUCUAGUGCACUUGAAUUGGCAUACGGAACCAACAACGAGGGUUUCAUGAUCAAGAGUUUCGAUGAUCUUCUCGAGGAAAAUGCUUUCACUACUAUGAAAAUCUUGGAUGACAUAGGCGACCCAAGUUGUCCUUCCUCAAAAGAUGACUUCUUAUCAUCUAAUGUCGACCACAUACAGUCUCAUAGCAACAUAGCAGCAAAAUGGAAUCAGAAUUCCAUCUACCCUGCAGCUAAAGGACCAGAAUCUGCAGUAAACAUGUCGGCUUUAAUGAUCACUUCAUCGCAAGAUCAUGGCGGCGCCAAACAAGCUUCCUUUGGAGAACUGCCAUUUAGAAUCAACAUGAUCAAAGAGACAGAGAAGCUAGACAGCGAGAUAUUGACCCAAAACAGAGGCAACGCCAUGAUACGCUACAGGGAGAAGAAGAAAACUCGCAGAUAUGAUAAACAUAUUCGAUACGAGUCUAGAAAGGCAAGAGCCGACACAAGGAAGAGAGUGAAGGGUCGAUUUGUGAAGUCCACAGGGGAGCAAUAGACGUUCCAAACAGAUUCAAAUGGAGAUCAAAUCAAAAAAAUUUUCAGGGUGACUUUGGUCUUUGGACAAAUUCCAACAGAGGUGUGUGUAUAUAUGGGUGACUCUCACAUGUCUAGACACUUAGAUACUUGUUUGGACGUCUCGAUUCAUUUUUGAGAAUCAGGAUAUCCGGGUGGCCGAAUGCCUAGACAUGUGUGAGUCGCCCAGGAGUGUACAACGAAUGAGUGUUGAUACGAUGUGUAAAGGAGGGGCUUGAUAAGGCCAGGAGGUUAAUAGUCAAAGGGACGUGGGAGUCCAAAGUCAAGAGAAUAUGACAGUCAAAAGUCAAGGGGACGUGACAGUCAACCGUCAAGGGAAGGCGAGAAUCAGAUCGCCUCGCGUCAUCAGCCGCAUAAUUCAUGGUCGGUCACAGGCAGGACAGGUCCCCGGAUCCGAGACGUAAAACGCAGCCUGUACUAGUUCAUGGUCUUCUCCCGACCGAUCAGAUUGCCCCAGCUUAGGCUUUCUAGAUUGUAACGCCCUAAAUUUCCUCAA